UUCGUCCCCAUCGCCCACAUAGUGGCCGUUGUGUUCACUAUCAUCGAGCUCGGCCUCGUCGCCUACCUCGUCUCCACCUACGAUGGCGGCAGCUACGGUUACGGCUACGGCUGGUACUGGAACGCCAGCCCAGAUCGCCUCAACUUUCAGCUUUUCACUGCCGUCUGGUCUCUGCUCGUCCUCGCCUACGUGGGGCUCACCCCGCUCUACAUGACCAGCAUCUUCCACAAGCUGGCUGCCCUCGCCCUUGAGUCUAUUACCAUGAUCUUUUGGUUUGCCGGUUCCAUCGCCCUGGCCGUCUUUUUUGGGGCCCCGGCCUGUCAUGGGAAUAUCUGGUGUGGCUCCUUUGAGGCCGCUAUCGCCUUUGGCUUUUUCUUGUGGGCCAUUUUCCUCUUCCUCGUCGUUCUCGACGCCAUCGAGGCCCUGCGGUCUCGU